AGAUGGACUUGUUGCUUCUGAAGAAUUGUCUGGAGGAGGUGUUCGUCUUAAAAAUACGCCUGUUCUUGAAAGGAAUUCUUGGUCUUUAUCUGAAAUUCCAAAGGUCGUUGAUGAUGAAAGUUGAAAAAGUUACGUUUCUUUUAAACGUCAAAUUUUUUCUUUUUAUUAUAUACAUAUUUUCUUUCGCCUCAAAUCACGUGAUCAAUAUAUAAGCUUCCGGAUGAGAUACGAUACAAUUGAAAUUUAGAUAAUAUUGCGAUGAAAGAGAUACAAUAUCAUCAAAUCACAUUCAUUAAUAAAUAAACUCGAGUCUCGAUAUCUCAUUUCCUACGACAUGAUAUUUUAAUACUUUUACUAUCUGUUAUAGGAAAAAAAAAAAAAAAUUCGAAUGAAAUAAUAGAAUUAUCAAUUCCUUAACUCUUCAAAUCAUCUCUUGAUUUUUUUGACAAACUAAAAGUAUUGCAUUAAAUAAAAUUUUAUGCGUUAUGGUUUUGAAUAAUAUUGUUUAGCGCUUCAAUAAAAUCGACACGGCAAUUCAAGACAGCAUAAAGUGUGUAUAACUAAUAACAAAA